AUUGAUGUUAUUGAAGAUGUGCCUUUAUAGCGAUCGAUCGGGUGCUAUAAAUUUCUUCUUCCGAAAAUUGAAUUUUAUUGAAUCUUUGCCUUUAUCAUGAUGUAUCCACAUACAAAUACUUUUUUCCUCGUGUCCUUGAUCGGCGAUGUAGGGCAAAUCAUAGACGGAAGUGGUUGGUGCGCUCGUUGUUUUCACGAUUUUCUGGAUCGGAGUGGGUGAACAAGAUUCACAUGUUUGAUUACCACUUCACUAGGAGUUCACCUCUGAUAUUUUUAUGGUUCAUUAUUUUGGAAAUUGUUUAUUUAUCUUGAAACAGCCGAAUCUGGUACGGAGGGAGUGUGAUAUAAUUGAUUUUACCAGAACCAAAUCAUAUAUUAACAUCUAUGGUUAUUGGGUUUUGAUGAGUAGUAAAUGUGGCACAAAUCAUUGGUUUGACUUUGCUUGCAGUAUUUCGGAUUCAUCUGGCUGAGCAGCAAAGGUGAACUACAACAAAGACAGAGAGAUGAGUUUUUUGUCAGCAACAGAAGCAAGGGGGAUUAGCAAUACAUCCAGAUCAACAGGCAUAUGGUAGUUAUGAAGUUCUCUUUCCAAGACGUUCUGUUUGACCAACAAGGUAGAAGACAUGUGACUCGAUUUCAAGUAUAAGGUUCUCGGCAAGUACAAGGUCCUUGGUUUCAUCUGGAUUUUGUAUUUCUUGCUGAUAAAAAUAGAUGAGGCCGAUCUAUUUUUCUGCCUUGGUUAUUGGUCUAGGUAUCCAUUGCAUAUAUAUCAGGAAGUUCUGCACUGUGACUGCGCUGUGAUUAUGUUAGUGGAAAUAGAUUCGACAAGAACUAGCAAUAGAAGCAAUGGGGAUUAGCUUCACUGUUGAUAAAGUAACUUACAAAUGAACAUGCAUAUGGAGGUUAUGGAGCUCUCUUUCUUAGACACUCCCUUUGUCCAGAGAGGUAGAAGGUUGAUCUAUUUUCUGCAUUGUUUUAUUGGUGUGGCCGAGUCCUGCAAGGCACCAGAUUUAAGAUCCAACUGAUAAGCAUCUAGUUCUGAAAACCGAGGGAGUAUGAUAUAAUGGAUUUUACAAGAACCAUAUCAUAUAUGGAAACAUCUAUGAAAAAUAUACAUCCAGAUCAACUGGCUUAUUGUGCUUAUGGGACUUUCUUUCCAAGAGUUAACAAGAGAGAUAGAAGGUAGUAGAUAGGGGAUUUGAUGACAAGUUCAAGGUCCUUGGCUUCAUCUGGAUUUUAAAUUUAUUACUGAAGAACAAAAAUAAGGUUGAUCUAUAUCAAUUGCUGACUUAUAUAAUGGAUCUGUGGUGUUCGCUUCAUUGUUGUUGCCUCAUCAUUCAUGAUACUAGGGAUUUCUCAGUUUUAUCCUUAAAAGUCCGGUCUAACUUCUCUUGUAACAUUCAUCUUUUGUUGCUCAUUCAGGAUGAGCAAUGCGUACCACUGUGAAUGAAUUCAGGGCCCUUGGGUUGCUCUCUUAUGAUAAAGAGAUAUUGAGAAGAAUCUCUUUUGUUCCUCUCAUGCUUCUGCUCUAUUGACUUCAGACAGAAGGAAGGGGGCGUAGCUUAACUGUCGAGAAAGACCUGUCCAGAUCAACAUGCAUAUGGAGCUUGGGUUGCUCAUUCAGGAUGAGCAAUGUGUACCACUGAAUAAAUCCAGGGGCCUUGGGUUGCUCUGCUCUCUUGUGAACUAUAGAGAAGAGUUGAAGACAUAUAGAUGUCUGACUUGUCAGCAACAGAAGCCAGGGGGAUUAGUUUCAUUGUCAAGAAAGAUUCAUCCAGAUCAACUUGCAUAUGGAGGUCAUGGGGCUUUUCUUUCCAUGAUUUGACAAGCGAGGGUGACAAGUACAAGGUCCUCGGCCUCCAUCUGGGUUUUAUAUUUAUUGAUGAAGAAUAAAGAUAAGGUUGAUCU